AUCUGGCAUAUAUGACCAAAUUUAGACUAAUUUUUAAAAAUUAUUUUGACAGAAAUAUCAGUAACUAAAAUGAUUUCUCUAAUAUAAGAGUCAAGCCAAAAAAUUAAUAGCAAAAAAGAAAAAGCUAAUUUUAUGCAAUAAUAUUCAAGAGAAGGUAAAACCUUGUCAAUGCUCUCUCUCUCUAGAUGUCUGAGCAUGAGAGAGUUAUGUCGAUCUCUCUCUCUCUUCUUAUUUCCUUGGUUUUUCUUUUAAUCAGCAGGAAUUUAAUCAUGGCGGAUACAAUAGUUGCUCAUACUGAUCAACAAAAUAACCUGGAAUUGUUGUACCGGGAUGUGAAUCCGUUGUUGGAGAGGAAAUGGUACGUAUACGGAGUAGUGAUGGCACUAUUGAUGUGGAUAGUGGGAGUCAUGAGGCUAACCAAGAACAUGCCAAGGAGACUCGCCAAGGCGAAUGUGUACCCAGACGGAGUGAGGGUUAUGCCGACGCAGGAGUAUAUGGCGAUGGCGAAGAAGAUGGCAGAUCUUGAGGAGAAAUACGAUUCCGUGGAUGCUCAGGUUGUGGUUUCUCGGGAGAAGGAGAAGGUUCUCGACGCUGCACUUGGUUGUGUUGACCAGCUUCAGCUUCAGUUGUCCGAAACCAAGAAGGCGCUGGACGAGAUAAUGACGAGGCAACAUCAGAUGAUGGCAUUCGUCGACAAGAAAAAGAAAAAGAAGAGGAAGUUCUUACUGAAAGGCUGCUUCGGUGGAGUAUCUUCAGCCUCCAGCUUGUAAAAUAAGCUUUAGAAGUCUCGUCUUGUCUCUGCUUAGGACUCUCUCUUUCUCUGUAAUUGUUGCAUGAUUGUUCCCAUUUCUUCCUCAGUUGUUUUGUUGAUAGAAAACUUAUAAAUGAGCAAUUUGUCAUGAUCAUCAACAUAAAAGAGAGAGAACUCUACUCUCUUAGGAAAAACA